AUGGGAUUAAUAUUAUUUGCGAAUCAACCGGUCUCACACGAUGUUGCCUUUGCGGUCAUCAAAACUUCUUUGGAUGCUGGUGCCACCCACCUUAACUCAACGAUGUUUUACGGAUCUCCAUCAGACAAAUUGUUAAGCCUCAAAUUAUUAGGGAGGUUCUUCAAGGCAUACCCUGAAUAUAAGGAUAAAGCGAUGUUAGGUGUCAAAGGUGGUAUGAUAGGUGCUUUUUCAGGAUGUACAGGAGAUAUCGACCGCUUACGAAAAGAACUUCUAACCGUUAAAGAAUUAUUGGGUGAAAAGGAAAUUGAUAUCUUCGCUUGCGCGAGAGUACCUGAUGAUCGUCCAUUCGAAGAAACAAUCAAGAAUCUCGUCCAACUCCAAUCCGAAAGUUUAUUUCGAACUAUCGGCUUGUCCGAGACGUCGGCUUCUUCCAUGCGUCUAGCCCAUCAGAUCGCAGGAAACCUCAUUUCCUCCAAUGAAAUUGUAGUUUCCCUCCAAACCUUGCUUGACCCCCUGAUUGUAGAAAGUAUCAAAACUGCCGAGGAACUGGGUAUAAUCAUCAUUGGUUACUCACCUUUCGGACAUGGUUUGUUAUCUGGUCAAACUCCCUCUGGAGAAGGGGAUUGGAGAAAUCAUCUACCGAGAUUCCAAAAAGAGAACCUCGAUAGAAGCCUUGCUUUGGUUAGGGAUUUGAAAGAGCUGGCGAAGAAAAAUGAAAGGAAAUUGACAGAAGUAAUUUUGGGUUGUAUGAAUGCUUAUAGCCCUAAUGUGAAUCCUCCCUUACCAGGAUCCAAAAGCCCCAAGAGAGUAGCAGAGAAUAACGCAGCUGCGCAAGUGAAAAUUUCAGAAGAAGAGAUGAAAGAGAUCUUCGAGAUACUCAACAAGAAUCCGGUAAUUGGUACGAGAUAUCCUGAAUUCGGUAUGGGAUCUUUGGUAAGUGUUUUACUCAUAGUACUCACAGUAUGUAAUAUGUUGACUUUGCGUGUGGUUCACAAUGUAGAUGAACUAAGAAAAUUAUUCAUGAAGAAUUGA